UUUGGCGGACCUGUCACGCAAUCCAGCGCAAACCUUUACAGUGGAGAUGGAGACUGGGAAACCCGGUGAACUUUCAGGAGAAGAAUCUGUAAUUUGGAUUUAAACAAGCUUUGGUGAUUCUAAAUACAGCUUAAAGUUGAAUACUUCUUAGCAAUGGUGCCAAACCGGAGAUUGGGUCUGGUCCAUCCUUGCUGUAUUGGCCUGCUUUUCCUACUCCUCCUGCCCAGCUCAGUUUCAGUGAGAGAACCUCAUCAUCAGUCCUACAUCCACCUCCCCUCGCUGAUACCUCACGCCACCCUGCCUCUGUCCCGCUCCCGCUUUAGUUCCAAAGCUCAGCUGGACUUCACUACCCACUGCAACGAGAGCUGCUACCGCAAAAGAGAAGACACUGAUAAAGAGCACAUAGCUUUCGAAACUCUUUAUGCAGAUGGUUCGCGAACUUUAACCACGGUGGACCUGGAAGAAAACAACACUGAACUUCCUUUCAGGCAGCCCAAAGCAACCACUACCUGGCGUAAGCGGCUAAAACGGCAGGUCUACGGUUCAGAUGGGCGAUUUAACAUCCGCGGUGACCAUUUCCUUCAGGACUACCCGUUCUCCACAGCCGUCCGCAUCUCCACCGGCUGCACUGGAGUUCUGGUGUCCCAGCAGCACGUCCUGACCGCAGCUCACUGCGUGCAUGAUGGAAAUGAUUAUGUCAAGGGAGCAAGAAAGCUCAGGGUGGGCUUUCUAAUCCCUCCAUCUGUUAACGGUACAAGGCCAGGUCAGGCUCCCGUGAAGAAACCCAAGGUGCGCUGGGUGAGAGUUAAACGCACGCGUGUUCCUAAAGGCUGGAUUCAAGGUCCUCAAGAGGUCAGCAUGGAUUUUGACUAUGCACUUCUAGAGUUGCUCUGGUCUCACCGGCGUCCCUUCAUGCGGCUGGCUGUGGCACCCUCAUCAGGCUAUUUGGCUGGUAAACGCAUCCACUUCUCUGGAUUUGACAGUGACCGGCCUGGAGAACUGGUGUACCGCUUUUGUCCAGUGGAGGAUGAGUCCAAUGAUUUGAUCUAUCAGCACUGUGAUGCCCGCCCUGGAGCGAGUGGCUCUGGUGUUUACGGACGCGUGUGGGACGAUACAUUAAAGCGGUGGGAGCGCAAGGUCAUUGGAAUCUUCUCAGGCCACCAGUGGCUAGAAAUCAACGGUGAGAAUCGUGACUUCAACGUGGCUGUUCGCUUCACUCCGCUGAAAUUUGCUCAGAUCUGUUACUGGGUUCAUGGAAAUAAGGUGGACUGCAGUCAGGACUGAAAAUAUUACAAUAUGAAAUCAGUGGACAAGAUAUGACGUGCCUGAUUUUGGAAACUGCACUUUAUAGUCCUUUUACGAGCGUGGCUACUGAAUCUGAGAGGAAAGAAGGUCCAUGGAUGGUAGAUCUAUAUCCAAAGGCUUUGAUCACUGAACUGGAACUUUGUUUAACCACUACUUUUAGAUUUUGCUCACUAUACUGGCAAUGUAACGCAUAGAUUUAGACUCGGUGAGUCCUACAACCCAAUAGAUUUAUCUUGUUCAGUCUUUGCCAGUGUUAAGUAGGCAUCUGAUCUCAGUUCUACGAUUCUCUCCACAGCCUUGCUUUGUUCAGAUUACACAUUAUAAAUGCUUCACACUGUUCUUUGCACAUUUAGAAAUUAGAUUUGGGAUGGAGACAGGCUUUCUUACAUAUCAACACUUGGGUUUUGGUUAAUGCUAGAUUAAAGGGAUACUCCUUCCCAAAAUGAAAAUUUUGUAAUUAAUCAUUUUACCCCCAUGUCUUCCUAAUGCGCAAAAGCUCUGUUUAUCUUCAGAACACAAUUAAAGAUAUUUUGAAUGAAAACCGGGAGGCUUGAGACUGUCCCAUAGACUUCCAAAUAAGUUACACUGUCAAAGUCCAGAAAAGUAUGAAAGACGUCCUCAGAAUAGUAUCUUCCAUCAUCGGUUGAACCGUAACAUUAUGAAGUGACUAGAAUACUUUUUGUACACAAAGAAAACAAAAAAGUCUUUAUUCAACAAUUCCUUUCCUCUGUUUCUCUCCACUUCAUCGGUUCAACCAAUGAUGGAAGAAACUAUUCUGAGGACAUCUUUCAUACUAUUCUGGACUUUGACAGUGUAACUUACUUGGAAGUCUAUGGGAUAGUCUCAAGCCUCCUGGUUUUCAUUCAAAAUAUCUUAAAUUGUGUUCUGAAGACGAACAUAGCUUUUAUGGCUUUGGAACGACAUGGGGGUAAAUGAAUAAUGACAAAAAUUUCAUUUUGGGGUGGAGUAUCCCUUUUUGUAUUUGGUAACUAAAAGUAGAUGCAAAAGGGCUGAGCUUCCAUCUUUUCCAUACCUGCACAUCCUUUUGGUCUGCUAAGUAUAUUAUUUUUAUGAUUUAUGAUUACCGCAAUAACAUAAAAUCGACUGUGAGUUGUAGUAUGGGUGUUGAAUUU